AUGAAAUUUCUCUAUAGAAUUUUAUUUGAUCUUAACAAAGAAAUAGAGGAAGAAGCGAUAAAGGAAGGAAUAGUGUAUGUAUUGAACUACUACAAAAAUGAAUUUAUAUUAUACAUUCAAGCAUAUAUGGCUGAAGCUAGAUGGUUAAACAAUAAUUACCAACCAACAUUAGAAGAAUACAUUCGUGUAUCAACAAUAUCAUCUGGUUAUUGUCUGAUAACCGCAACAUGUUACAUUGGUAUGGGAAAUAUAGCUACAGAGGAUAUCUUCAAGUGGCUAACCAAUAAGCCAAAAGUAAUUGAUGUUGCUAUUGUCCUUUGUAGACUAAUGGAUGACAUUGUGUCAAACGAGUUUGAACAGAAAAGAGACCAUGUUUCUUCGUUCUUGGAAUGCUAUAUGAGGCAAUAUAACGUCUCUAGGGAAGGAGCAGUUCAAGAAGGUCGAAAGAGAAUAGUUGAUGCUUGGAAAGAUAUCAAUAAGGAAUCUCUUAUGCCAACUGAUGUUCCAAGGCCUUUUCUAACACACAUUAUAAACCUUUCACGUUUUAUGGAUGUCGUUUAUAAAGAUAAAGAUAACUUCACACAUUCUGAAGGAGAAAUGAAGGCAUUCAUCAAAGCUUUGCUUCUUGAUCCUAUGAAAAUUUGA